AUGGCUUCGACAGACAGCUCAACUCCUCCUUUGUGUGCUAAGGGUUGCGGGUUCUUUGGCUCUCCAGAGAACAAAAAUCUGUGUUCAAAGUGUUACAAAGAUUACCUCAAAGAAGAGGUGAAACUUUCUGAACUUGUCAUCACCCCAUCAGCUCAUGAUAAGAACCCAGCUGUUGUUUCUGAUGAAAGGACGUCAACAACUAAUCCUACUGCUUCGAGUUCGACAAGGAAGACAAGAUGCGAGAACUGCAACAAGAAAGUUGGCUUGACGGGGUUCAAUUGCCGAUGUGGGAAGAUCUUUUGUGGGAUGCAUAGACAUGCUGAAGAACACUCGUGCACGUUCGAUUUCAAGACUCUUGGUCGACAAGGUUUGGCUAAGCAAAAUCCACUUGUCGUUGCUGAUAAACUUGGUUCUAGAAAGCUAACAAUAACAUCAAGAAAGAUGAUCUCGAGAAACAGCUCUAGUCCUUCUUUGUGUGCUAAGGGUUGCGGCUUCUUUGGCUCUCCAGAGAACAAAAAUCUGUGUUCAAAGUGUUACAAAGACUAUCUUAAAGAAAAAGUAAUUGCUAAGACUGCCAAGGAACUCUCUGAACUUGUCAUCACUUCCCCAUCAGCUCAUGAUAAGAGCCCAGUUCUUGUUUCUGAGGAAACAGUUUCAACCACUACCACCGCUGCAUCGGCUUCAACUGUGAAGAAUCUGAUGUAG